AUGUGUAGGGAUAAAAAUGAGUUUAUGGAGGCUAUUAGAAGUUAUGCAGGCCAUGCGGGGAGGAAUUUGAAGUUUUUUAAGAAUGAUAGUGACAAUGGAAAGUAUGAGGGGGAGUUAUGGACAAAUGUUGCUAGAGAUCCUAAUGACCACAUGUUACCUAUGACAUAUGCAAUUGUGGAAGUAGAGAACAAAGAAACUUGGACAUGGUUUUUGGAGUUAUUGAUAGAAGACCUUGGGGGUAGUGAAGAUUCAGUGCCAACUAUCUCUAAACUUUUACCUAGGGCAGAGCAUAAAUUUUGCAUGAGACACUUAUAUGCAAAUUUCAGGAAAAGGUUUUCUGGGCAGACCUUGAAGAAUCUGAUGUGGAAGACUGCUACAAGUACAUACCCCCAAGCUUGGGAAAGAGAAAUGUUAAGUAUAAAGGAAGUCAAUGUAGAUGCUUAUAAAUACCUAAUUGCUAUUCCCCCGAGAUAUAGAUUUACAGGUUGGGCAGUAUGUGAUAUACUUAACAAUAACAUGAGUGAAGCUUUUAAUAGUGUUAUUGUUGAUGCUAGAGGAAAGCCCAUUAUAAUCAUGCUCGAAGAAAUUAGAUUUUACCUCUUGAAAAGAUGGGCAACCAACAUAAUCAAGAUGUGUAUUAUGGACUUUGAUAUCUGCCCUAAGAUUAUAAAGAAACUUACAAAAGAAUCAAAUUUAUCCAAAAAUUGGAUCCCUAAUUGGUUUGGAGAAAAAAUGUUUAAAGUUAGGCAUUUUGCAGUGACUACAAACAAGUUUGCAAUCAACCUGAAUAGGCAAGCUGUACCUACAGGAAAUGGCUCAUUAGUGGCAUCCCUUACUGCCAUGCAAUUGCAGCCACAAAGUUCUUAA